UCUUUCUUCACUCCAAGAAAACUAAUACAUUAAUCUCUCUCCCUCUCUCUCCCAUUUUCAUGGCAACCCAGGAUUCGAAAGGAAUCAAGCUCUUUGGCAAGACCAUUACAUUCCAUGGAAACAUCAACACACAAGCGACAAAAACAGGACACACGACAGAAACAACAACGAAAACGGAGCAUAUAUUGGCACAGACAACAGCAAGGACAGAGGAACAGAAACGCAGCACCUCCGUGAAAUCCGAUCUUACGACGGCGGCGGUGGAGAAGCGACCGGACAAGAUCAUACCGUGUCCGAGAUGCAAGAGCGUGGAGACAAAGUUCUGUUACUUCAACAAUUACAACGUGAAUCAGCCUCGUCACUUCUGCAGAGGAUGCCAGAGAUACUGGACCGCCGGCGGUACCCUCCGCAACGUCCCUGUCGGAGCUGGUCGCCGGAAAACCAGACCCACCACCGGCCAAGUCGUGGCCGGGGUGUUUAGUGCAAGUGGGGACCACCAUGUUGGGUUACAUGACCUGUUGGCGAAGGAAUGGCAUGCCUCCGCCGCCGCCGCGGUGCAAGGCGGUUUCCGACAUGAUUUUCCGGUGAAGAGGCUCCGUUGUUAUUCCGACGGUCAAUCUUGUUAAUUUCUUUUCUUUUUUUCUCUGUUGUUGGAUUGGUUCCUUGAGACCCGGUGAAGAACAUGCUAGCUAUUGGGUACAUACAGGCUGGCAGAUAAUUAAUUAGUUAAUUAAUUAUUAAUUAGCACUUUUUAUUACUGUUUUACCAGAAAAAAAAUGAAUCAGACUUUUUUUUUUUUUUUGGA